AUUGAUAGAUCAGCAGAGUGUCUGUCGGAGAGAGAGGGACAGGGACAGAGAGAUGGACGGUCCUCCGGCGAACGAUUGCUGUUCGGUGUGCCAUGGCAGCUUCAACACUCCCUGUCAAGCCAAUUGCUCCCACUGGUUCUGCGGCAAUUGUAUUUUGCUUGUUUGGGAUCAUGGGUCCGCAAUUCAGCCAUGUAGAUGCCCCCUAUGUCGUCGUCAAAUUUCCUUGUUGGUUCCUGGAGAGGCUUCAUCAAGGCGGCGUCACGACCCUGAGGUUGCUGAGAUUCUAGGAAAGGUGGCAACAUACAAUCGCCUCUUUGGCGGGCAUACUAAUGGUCUCAUUCAGAGAAUGCAGGACCUUCCAUUUUUUCUCCGAAGGUUGUUACGAGAAAUGAUGGAUCCUCAGAGAUCUCUUCCUCUUGUUAUUAGAGCCCGUGUCUAUAUAGCAAUGAUACUAAGUGGCGUCUACGUAGUCAGCCCGGUUGACAUUAUUCCAGAAGGAAUAUUGGGAAUAGUUGGGCUCUUGGAUGAUCUCCUUAUAGUGCUUAUCUGCUUCCUGCAUGUUUCUGCCAUUUAUCGGUCGGUGCUCUAUGCCCGUCAUGGAAGUUCAUGAGCUGUCCUGUCGACUCGACAGAAGAGAGAGCAACGAUAAAGGUAAAGGAAGAGUUCAUACAUUCUCAGCAGAGAGCAGGAUUGUUGGUUUUUCUUUUUUCUCUUUCCUUUUUUGGUGGCCUUCACUAAACCUAGACAGGUUUCCUUUCUUUUUUGCCCUUUCUCGCUUCUCUCGGUUUGUUUCCGUUGCCAUGCAAUGGCAAAGCUUGCUUCAUCCCCCGUCUCUCUUAACGUAAACACACUUUUUGUAAUCAAACGUAGAUGUUUCUCUGUGGAUAAUGUUGUGUUUGUAAUAAUGUUGUGUUCAUUUUGUUUCA